GGGGGUCUGGGGCCAGCGCGCGGGAGGGACGCUUGGAUGCCUCGAGGACGCCGUUCGGGCGGGGAGGGUCCCGCAGGUCCCACUGACCCACACGGGGUGGGGUCAGGGGUGGACGCUCGUCCGUACGCGGUAGCUACUGAACAUGCUUGGGCCAGAGUCCGAUGGCAGGCGCCCCACGCAGGGGGAGCGAGGCCCAGGGUACCCCGGAGAGCCCAUGGACAAGUACCAGGUUUUGUAUCAGCUGAAUCCUGGGGCCUUGGGGGUGAACCUGGUGGUGGAGGAAAUGGAAACCAAAGUCAAGCGUGUGAUAAAGCAGGUGGAAUGCAUGGAUGACCAUGAAGCCAGUCAGGCCCUGGAGGAGCUGAUGCCACUGCUGAAGCUGCGGCACACCCACAUCUCUGUGUACCGGGAGCUGUUCAUCACGUGGAAUGGGGAGAUCUCUUCUCUGUACCUCUGCCUGGUGAUGGAGUUCAACAAGCUCAGCUUCCAGGAGGUCAUUGAGGAUAAGAGGAAGGCAAAGGAAAUCAUUGACUCUAAGUGGAUGCAGAAUGUGCUGGGCCAGGUGCUGGACGCGCUGGAAUACCUGCACCAUUUGGACAUCAUCCACAGGAAUCUCAAACCCUCCAACAUCAUCCUCGUCAGCAGUGACCACUGCAAACUGCAGGACCUGAGCUCCAACGUGCUAAUGACGAACAAAGCCAAAUGGAAUAUCCGUGCGGAGGAAGACCCCUUUCAUAAGUCCUGGAUGGCCCCUGAAGCCCUCAACUUCUCCUUCAGCCAGAAGUCAGACAUCUGGUCCCUGGGCUGCAUCAUUCUGGACAUGACCAGCUGCUCCUUCAUGGAUAGCACAGAAGCCAUGUAUCUGCGGAAGUCCCUCCGCCAGAGCCCGGGCAGCCUGGAGACCGUCCUGAAGACAAUGGAGGAGAAGCAGAUCCCGGAUGCAGAAACCUUCGGGAAUCUUCUGCCCGGGAUGCUCCAGAUCGACCCCUCGGAUCGAAUAACGAUAAAGGACGUGGUGCACAUCACCUUCUUGAGCGGCUCCUUCAAGUCGUCAUGCAUCUCUCUGACCCUGUACCGGGAGACGGUGCCUGCGUCCAUCACCGACAUGCUGUUAGAAGGCAACGUGGCCAGCAUUUUAGAGGUCAUGCAGAACUUCUCUGGCUGGCCCGAAGUCCAGUUCAGGGCCAUGAGGAGGCUUCUGAAAAUGCCUGCAGAUCAGCUAGGUCUGCCGUGGUGCCCGGAGCUGGUGGAGGUGGUGGUCACGACCAUGCAGCUGCAUGACAGGGUCCUUGACAUCCAGCUGUGUGCCUGCUCCCUGCUGCUGCACCUCCUGGGCCAAGCAAUGGUGCACCACCCGGAAGCCAAGGCUCUCUGUAACCAAGCCAUCACCUCCGCCGUGCUGAGUGCUCUUUGGAGCUACCCUGAGGAGGAGUCGCUCCUUGUCUUGGUCUACAGCCUGCUCACCAUCACCACAACCCAGGAGUCAGAGUCAGUGUCAGAGGAGCUGCAGAACGCCGGGCUGCUGGAGCACAUCCUGGAGCACCUCAACAGCUCCCUCGAAAGCAGGGACGUCUGCGUCAGUGGCCUGGGCCUGCUCUGGGCCCUCCUGCUGGAUGGUAUCAUUGUGAACAAGGCCCCUUUGGAGAAGGUCCCGGACCUCAUCAGCCAGGUGUUGGCCACCUACCCUGCAGAUGGGGAAAUGGCGGAAGCCAGCUGCGGAGUCUUCUGGCUGCUGUCCCUACUGGGCUGCAUCAAGGAGCAGCAGUUUGAACAAGUGGUGGCGCUGCUCCUGCAAAGCAUCCGGCUGUGCCAGAACAGAGUCCUGCUGGUGAACAAUGCCUACCGGGGACUGGCCAGCCUGGUGGAAGUGUCAGAGCUGGCGGCCUUCAAGGUGGUGGUGCAGGAGGAGGGCGGCAGUGGCCUCAGCCUCGUCAAGGAGACCUACCAGCUCCACAAGGAUGACCCAGAGGUGGUGGAGAACGUGGGCAUGCUGCUGGUCCACUUGGCUUCCUACGAGGAGAUCCUGCCGGAGCUGGUGUCCAGCAGUAUGAAGGCCCUGGUCCAGGAGAUCAAGGAGCGCUUCACCUCCAGCCUGGUGAGUGACAGCAGCGCCUUCAGCAAACCAGGCCUCCCUCCAGGUGGAAGCCCCCAGCCGGGGUGCACUGCGUCCGGGGGCCUGGAACAGAUGAUUGCAUGGAACUGACCUUGAUCUCCACAUGUAUAGUUUUCAAGACUGCUCUCCCGCCUGCCCAUUAUCCUGUCUCUAUGACUGGGCCACAGUCAGUCUUCAACAGGAGGGGUCAUCAGACCUCUCCAGAGCUUCCUGUCCACGACUACUGGAUUGAGUCACAUGAGUAACUGCUCCUGGACCCGGGGACUGUCCAUGAAAACUGACCCGCCUGCUUCCUCCUUCCAGGAGCUGGUUUCUUACGCAGAAAAAGUGCUCCUGAGGCUGGAGGCGGCCACCUCUCCCAGCCCCCCGGGCAGAGAAGCAGCUCAGCCCUGACGCUGGGGAGCAGACAGACACCCCACAGGCCCCUCCUCCACGUGUGCCCUCUCCCUGCCCUUCCUUUCCAUGGGUCACUGUUUCCCUUGGGGCGGCAGGGAGGGUCGUCUGGGACCAGAAGGCACACCUCACACUCCUCUUAGGUGACUAAUAAAGAGGCCCAAGGCCA